AUGCGCAAUCCACAGAGAAGGUUAAGAAUUUCAAAUCCUGCUAGUGUCCUCAUCGUUGGCACCCUUUACUGUCUUUCGGUUCUUGCUUUAAUAGUAACGAUGCCUAAGAAUGACUCAUUUACUCCUAUAAUGAUGAGUGCAAAAUUAGGAAGAGAAAUUGGCUCAGAAGUUGCAAUAUCAAUUUUAAUUACAAUUUCUUGUUUCGGUGCAGUAGACUCAUCUUCUGUAGCUAAAGCUGGAUUUAUCUCAGUAUUCAAUCCAGUUUUAGAAAAAUUUAAUUAA